AUGGAAGGGUUAUCACUCCACAUCUUCUCUCUGCUCCUCACUCUUGUCACUCUUUUGCUCACUCCCUCUUCCUUGCACUCUUUCAACAUGACCUCCUCCACUGAUGAUUCUCAUCACAUCUCUGCAGAGUUGUUAUGCCAGUCCACUACACCUACAAUCUCUGCAACUCACAUUGAAAAUGUGCCUGCACUGUCUCAAUCUGGUUCUACAAGCACUUCUGACAUCCACACUUCCUGUCCAACUCAAGCCUCUAGAUCUGCCACAGGCAAGAAGAACUUCACAUGGUCAGCUGAGAGUGAUCCAGCCCUCAAACUUUGCAUACAUCCCAUUUUUUGGGAGAUCUCCAAGAUGUUUUUCCCAGGUGCAUCUGUCAAUCCCAAUUGCAUCAAGGCCAAGCUGAGGUGGCUGCUAGAGACAUACUACAGGGAGAAGAAGAAGCUUUCACUCACUGGAGCUGGUAUGCUGCUGGAGGACAUGGAUGCAUCCAACCUGUCCUACAUAUCUUGCAUUGCCCUGUCAACAAAGUACACUUGGUUCAAAAAGAUGCACAAGAUGAUGAAUGGCCAAUUCUAUGCCAAUCCCACAGCACUUAUCACAACUCCCAGUCUUGACUUCACCAGUGAUGACAAGGCUGACAUGCCUUCCUACAGCUCAGCUGACAUACCCAUGGAUCUUUCUGGAAGUGAGCCAUAUGAUCAUGGCACUCACAGCCAUGCCCAGCUCUCUCCCAGCACCAAGCACAAGCAAGGUGCCCUUGAUCACAAGUGCAACACACUUGCUGAAGCUUUCUAUCAUUCUUCCAUUGAUACCCUUCAGAUCUGCCUGCAGCUUGAACAGGAACACACCAGAUGCAAGAAAAUACUGGAGGCUGAGCAUACCAAGCAUGAGGAGAUGCACAUGCAGCAUGAGAGGGAGGAGAAAGAGUGUGAUGAAUGCAUUCAUGUGUGUGAUCAUGAAAUGGUGAUGGAGAUGGUGUGCCUCCUUGCUUCUCAGGCCAGCAGUGAACAGGAUGCUCAUCAGAACACCAGCAACAACAACAACAUGGACUCUUCAUUCAAUCUUCCUGUCCUGUAG